AUGUCAAUCGUUGUUCGUAUAUUUUGUCCUACCGGAAUCAUUAGGGUUACCUUACCUACUGAUUCCAUGCUUAGUGAUUUAAUGUCUGAGAUUGCGGAGCGUACCGGUGUGCCUAUAGAGAAACAAUGUCUGUCCAUAGCCCCCUCCGACACAUCUAUUGAUCCCAAUGUAAAUGUCAAAUUAGAUAAAAUUGGCAUUGUUCACGGGACAAUUCUAAAUUUAAAUUCGGAUUAUCCUGUUGAAUUUCAGGAUACAUCAAAAGAAAUUCCGGAAUUUAUGCAAGAUGUAAAAUUUAAAUCAUUCGACUCAUUUCUUUCAGAAAGGGGAUACAACGUUUCGGAUUUGCCCCUUAAAAAUGAAUAUUUGCCUGUGAAAAUUGAAGUCGGGAAGAUGAACAAGAUACCUCAAUCAAUUGCGUUAAAACGCCAGCCAUAUAGACAUGUAGACCAUUUGGAGAUUAUGAAUACGGAGGAAAUACGCAACUUUGUAAAUUUUUGGAUGCAUGAUUGUGAAAUGCUGACGCAAAGAUGUGGAUGGAUGUAUGGCUACUACAUUGAAGAUGUUCACUAUCCCAUGGGAAUCCGCGCUGUCUGUGAAGCUAUUUAUGAACCAAUACAAACUGGGGACAUUGAGUCGGUUCGAAUUGAACCUGAUAAUUUUUUAAGUGUCGUUGACACUAUCGCAGAAAGACUUGGACUUGAGAGAAUUGGAUUCAUAUUUUCCCAUUUGCCCAGGGACAACUUUUUCUUGACUGCCCAGGAAAUAUAUGAUAUUGCUAAGAUUCAAAAUAGCAGGAUUGAUACGGGACAUUAUACUGGUUACAAUGCAUCCCAUCACGUUACUUGUACAAUAUCGCCCGAUGUAAAUAAUAAUGGAGAAUGUUCCCUAAAUGCUUUCAUGGUUUCUGAUAUGGGAAUGGCACUUGUGAGAGACGGCUUAAUCGACCCUAAACAAGACGAUAACCUUAAGAUUCAUUUGGUAAAUCCUAAUGAAUAUGUGAUCUUUCCGGGUGUACUUGAAGAGGGAACGGAGACCACUAGCUUUGACACUAGUUGGGUUUUGGUUAGAGUCAAUGAAUCGGCGCCCAUAACGCCUAAUUCAUUUUUCAAAAACUCGUUAUUUCAAAGGGAAAAUAGAGGGAAAGCGCCAAAUAUACAGGCGUAUUUUAUGAAAGCCAAUGGGGCGAAUGAUAACCCGAAAGAUGGGUUUGAUUCUCAUGUUUUAUAUAGCGAUUUUCAUCUACUAUUACAUAUCGCAAAAAAUGUAGAUAUUGACACGGCACUUGCGAUUUGUGAUUCUUUAAUGAAAGAGGAGCCAGUUGAUAAUCUUAUAAGACAAAUAUUAACUGCAUGA